AUGUCUAGUUGUUACUCUAUGGCCUUCUCGAUUUUUAAACCCUAUAUGUCCCGGUUUGACGAUAUUUCGGCGUUUGCUCUUUUAGGCGGGAUCUAUGCAGCUGGCCGAUCUCAAGAGCCUAUUCCAAUCGAUAGUUGCGACACAACGCGAGACUCACUCUCUGUGAACUCCUCCUUCUUUCACGACGCUGCUCUCUACAGCGAACUCGCCACGGGAAUGUAUGGAUCCACGAUGGUCUACGGUCUAAUGCGCGAAAUCCAGGACUUUGAGGAUAUCAAGCGCCUGCUGCGUGGCUCGGAAGACAGAGAGGGCUACAAACGCGCUUUUCUAUCGCAUUGCCAUCUGGACGCGGAGGAUCUUCUCUUUGUGGACUGGGGCAGCGAGGACGAGAACGCCAAAGACGCGAUCUCCACGUCGACCCAGGUCGCGAUCGCCCCUCCGCCCUUCUUCCUGGUGUGCCACAAAGCGACGAAGAGCAUCGUGCUGUGCGUUCGAGGCACAUGGAACCUGAAGGACUAUCUCACCGACAUGAACUGCUCCACAACGCGCUGGGAAGCGGGCUGCGCCCACGAAGGCAUCGCCCUCAUCGCGAACUCCAUUUUUGCCAACGAGGCAUUGAAUCAAGCCAUCUCCAGCGCUCUCCAGACGCAUCCAGACUUCCGUCUUGUCGCGGUCGGGCAUUCUCUCGGCGCUGGGAUCGCUGCCCUCCUCACCAUUCUCUGGCGAACCCGCCAGCUCCACACCGAUGCGAUUUGCUUCGCCAUCGCUCCGCCUCCCGUUUUAUCGCCCGAAGUGACCGAAAAGGGCGUGGGAUUUGUGUACAGCUUCGUGAACGAAGACGAUAUCGUGCCCCGUCUUUCGAAAAAAGCGAUGGAAGAGGCGAUCCAGCUCGUUGGCGACUCGGAUUCAGUGAGACGUAGAUCGAGAAGAACUGCUAUCGACAUCGCGGAUGGUUCAAAAAGGCGAAAACCGCGCGGUUACUCAAGACGCCCACCAAAACCCUCACAGUUGUGA